UUGUUGUUGUUGUUGGUUCAUCAUUUUAUGAUUGGCAUUCCAUUGUUACAGAACACGAUACAGAAUAUUUUCUCUUGUUUUUUUUCUUGUUUUAAUACGUGUAUGUCACGUUAACCAUUCAUUUGCCAUACACACCCAAUACACACACAAAAAACUGCUUUCUUCUUUUUAAUGAUUUUCUUAGAUCUAAAAUCUAAUAAAGAAUCGACGAAUAUUGCCAUCAAAAUUCAUUUUUUUUCUUUUUUUUGAAUAUUUUACAUGAUGAAAAUUUUCAAAAAUUUAUCAACCAUAUUCAUAAAACAAUCGAUUAUCAACGAUAUAUCGAUAAAUAUUCAUAAUGAUUCCGAAAAAUAUCGACAGUAUUUACAUUCAAAAAAUAGAAUUUUAGCUAUUAAUUUCAGUAAACAUAUUGUUCAAUGGAUAACUUUUUCUGCAUUAUUUAGUUGGUUAACAUGGCCAUCAUCAUUAUCAUUCAUAUCAAAAUGCACACAAGUCCAAGCACAACCUAUUUCGCCAAUUUUAGUUGAAAAUCAACAACAAUGGCCAUCAUCAAUAUUACCAUCAUCAUCUUCAUUAUCAUUAUCAUUAAUAUCAUCAAUAUAUCGAUGCAAUAUGACUACAUAUCCAGAAAAUAAUGGUUGCCAUCCAUUAGCAGCUAGUUGUGAUCAAGAAUCACAACUAUGUAUCUGUUCAUCAAACGAACAACAAACAUUCGAUUCCAAUAUCGAUAUCUAUAAUAAUGUUUAUGAUGAUAAUAUUAGUAAUAAAAAACAACGACAUUAUGAACAUAAACGUAUUGAUAUUUAUCAAUGUCUGCCACGAAAAAAACUUGGACAAUCAUGUCAACAUAGUGCACAAUGUUAUUCAAUGAUUAUUGGUUCGGGAUGUUAUCGACAAAAACAACAACAACAUGAACAACAACAAACAUUUGUCAAUGAUGAUCAUUGGAAAUGUUCAUGUGCAUUUGGAUUCAAAGAUGAUCAGAAACAAGAAUGUUUAAGCGAAUUAACUAUGGAAAUCGAUGAUAUUCGUGAACGAUGUGAUCAAACGGAUGGUUAUCUAUGGAUACCGAUUUUACGUAAAUGUGUUGCGAAUCGAAUUCAAUACUCGAUGCGUGUUGGACGUGCCGGUGGUGGAAGAGGUGGUGGUGGUGGUGGAAGUGUUGGACGAUCAACUGGUUCACGAUCUUGGUUCAGUAAUCGUCGUAAUGGUACGAUACAAAUUGCUACUGCAAAUCAUCAUUUGAUCAUUUUAAUGAUAACUAUAAUGUUUAUAACUAAAAUGGUAUUUGUAUGGUAGAUUAUUUGUUUCCAAACCAAAUUUAAGUUUGUUGUUACCAAUUCUCUUGUAUAUAAAAAUAAUCAAUUUUAUUUCAAGUUAUAGAAAAGUUUUACCUUUCAUUUUCUGCCUAAACGAACAAUCACCCAUUUAAAACACACACACCUCUUA